AUGUCCUCUGAGGACGAAAUAAAUAUUCGGAAAGGCGGUCCGGCAGUUUCACCGAGCUCAGGAGGAACAACUGAACUAUCGAAAGUAAAUCCAAAGAAAUCCAAACCUCUUUCAAAAACUCCUUCAGCAUCUGCAGUAAAGGACACGCAAAGUGAGGAAGGCGCGUGGGUUAAAUGGAAACGAAGCAUGAACCCACCAGCGUUGGGGGACACUAUGAACAUCAUAAACCACCAGCCGGACAAGGACGUGACUCCUUCACCGACACCCUCACAAAGACCAGACCAAGCAGUCGGCAACAACAAAUUGCGCCAUUCUGCAAAUGUCGCCUCUCACAAGGAGAUUGACCGGUGGAAACAGCGGGUUAAGGAUCUCGAGUCACAGAGAGAUUCACUGUCAAAGCAACUGGAUGAGCUAUUUAAGAUCCGGAGAACAGAACCUGAACAAGCAUUGGAGGAGCUACACGUGCAAUAUGAGGAACGUGCAAAGAUGCAGGAUGCUCUUGUCAGAGAGCUAACUUCACAACUUGCUCGUAUCGAGCCCCUCUCUCGAACUGGCCAGAACGUUGCCCUACAUUUCCUUACCAGGGAAGCCGCAGACGAGGAGAAGAGGGCCGUGGAACAAGAAAUAGUUCAGCUUCGUGAUGUAAUCAAGCAAAGGGAUGCGGUCAUUUCAGAUCAAAGCAAACGCAUAAACGAACUCCAACAAUUAGGUCAAAAGAACUUCUCUCCCGGGUCGCACCGAAAAGUCGCACCUACAACUUCUCGUUCUCAGCAGCGGCGACCAAUCGGUGCGGAAGAUCCUAAGACGGAGGUCAUCAAAUUCUACGAAGAGAUGUCCAACCUCUUGGUUACUAAUGUCAAAUUUGAGGAUGCACCUGGCUCAGAUGAACAGGAAGUAACUUUCCAUUGUGUCUAUACAUAUUUUGAGAUGGCUCGUCGUGAGGACAGUGUUGAGGGGGAACGGGUAAAUGAGAAAAGCAUAGGUUUCACGAUGUGUAUCUUCAAUGGUUAUGGUGGCCCCAACGGAGAACCCAUAAGCGACGACGAUUUUGUGCAUCGUCGGAUCAAAUACACCCCACUGCACCUUGACAAGGAGCCUGAUUCCUUCGUCGAAGCGUUAUCCUACAUGGGCGAGAGCUUCACUUUCCCUUGCUCCCAGCAAGGUCUCUUCCUCAACUCACUACGCGAUCGGAUAGGUGGAUGCAAUGAAGGGUAGAGAGAACUGCGAGGAUAGCAUCGAGACUGCAGUAUGAAUGAUGACAGGAUUGGCUGUAGGAUCUUAACAGUGUACUCUUACAUUACCCUCGUAUACCCGCCUAAGCAUUAUGCAACGCGUAACUUCACUUCGUUAUGUGCCAUUCUCCAUUCCAGGACGUUCAACAUUCAUGCCAGCAUUUCUCCAGAUGCUGACAGAUUUAUGGUCUCCUGAAUCUAACGCAUUUUUGAGGGCGAGAGAAGCAUAUCCAGCAUCGCAUUCGAGGCCUCCAAGGUUAGCUCCUGCGCUGACGAGGAGGUCCACAAUAUCAGCAUACCCUUGACGUGCAGC